AACAACUACAGGUGGCAACGCCAUGUGCGAAACACGGUUUCGGCUUCUACGGCGCGAAAGGAAGAUUCCUUCUAUGAACGCACAGUUACCGAGAAGUGUCUCUCGGCCAUGUGAUAGAUACAGUGGCCUACCACUGCGUUUUCCUUUCGAAACCGCUCAGGAAAAUUUAGCCGUGGGAGAUCAAGACGACACCUUCUAGUGGAGCUUCUCGGACUCGGAGACCUAUGCCAUGGUAGGGCCGGCGAUAUCCACCAGCUGUGUGCCACCAGAAACCAGCGCUGUGCGAGAAAGCGCCACUGCUGAUCGAGCAACCCGGCCUGCUGAAGAUGUUGAUACUCGCUGGAGCGUAGCCGUGGCAGCGUCGUUCAUCGCUUUCUUCACUGUAGCCUCGUCAUCCAAUCUGGGGUUCUUCUUCGUAUACUUCCUAGAAGAGUUCGACACGACACGGGAAAAAGCAUCCUGGCCAGGCAGCGUCCUUCAAAUUAUGGGACACGUGUCUGGCAUAAUUGUGGCAGUUCUUCAGCCAUUCUUCUCGACCUUUCAAAUUGCCUUCGCUGGAAGCAUGUUGCUUUGGUUGGGGCUUCUAGCGGCCGUGUUCGCUCCUAGCAUACCAUGGAUGACAGUCACAUUCGGAUUUCUACAUGGAGCGGGAAUGGGAAUCGUGAGUGUCGCAGUGAUUGUUGCCCUCAUGACGCACUUCGACAAGUACCGAGGAGUGGCUGCCGGCUUUAAGUACACCGGCAACACCAUGGCAACACUGUUAUUGCCGGAGUUUCUCUCGUGGCUGCAAGAGCUGUUUUCCUUCAGGGGAACACUCUUAAUAUAUGCGGCGCUGAUUAUGAAUGCAACGGCCUUCACUAUCUUUCUCAGAGAUCGCAAAAUAGGGACGAAUGAAAAGCGGAGCAGCGAGUCAAAUCAGGAGGAAUUUCUUAAAGGAGUCAAAGUGGGUGUCUCAGCAAAAAAUUCACCUGUGGUUGAUCAUAACGGUAGAUGUGUAGUAAGCUGGAAACCCAGAGGCGCUUGCGAAAAGAACCUUGACGACCCCGCAGAAACCUCGUCUCUGCGACUUGACCACAGGGACUACUCGACUUGUCACUCACCACGAAAAGCUGAAAAGCCCGAACAUGUGACACCGGAGACAAUUACUGCUUCAAAGUAUGAAAUAGUGGGAAUCCUUCAAGCGGGUGACAUGCACAGGGCUUGUCACUCUACCCAAGAACUUGGAAUGGUAGGCGCAAAACACGAACAGGAUUUCAGCAACGAGGGUGCGCUAUCGGAUCUAAUAACCAAGGCUGAAGAAAAGAAAAAUGGCUGCGGCAAGUGGCUAAGGCAACCAAAUGGUAAUAAAGAGAAGCAGUCCAAGCGUAUUUUUAUAGACAAGAAUGUUUCUCGAAAACAAAAGCAUGACGUAAACGCUGUUACUGCUUAUGAAGAAACAACUGCAGAUCGGCGAUUGCCAGAUCCACCGCACCAACCUCGUAUUUGCCAUAGCGGUACUUUAGAGCUACUUUCGAAACCCACCUUCUAUGUGCUCGUCCUUGGAGCAGUGGCCGCUGACUACACGGUUCUCGUCGUGCAUGGUACUGUUAUCGACUACGCGUUGGACAAAGGCGUUGAACGGAAGAGCGCGGAACUGUCGAUGACCUAUUGCGCAGGGACCGAAUUUGUGGGACGUUUGCUCCUUCCCUUAGUGGCUGACUUCCGAUUUCUCGGACGCACCAACCUGGUCGCAUUCUGCUUCGUCGCAAUGGCGGUCGUGUCAUUGGCACUGCCCUUUACUGCAUCCUUCUUGAGCUACAUCAGCGUGCAGGUGACAGCGGCACUUUUCCUGGCGUGCGUCACAACCUUCAAGGGAGUUCUUGUGGCUGACAACUUUGGUGCCAAAGCAGUGCCCACAUUCUGGGGAGCCAAUGGUCUUGCCUUGAUUCCACUCCUUUCAGGAAAUCCAUUCAUAACAGGGUUUUUCCGGGACACGAUGGGAUCCUACGACAACCUUCUGAGACUACUUGGUGGCAUCCAGCUGUUCACGGCCGCUGCGUUUUUCACACUCGCAUACGUACAAAAAAGACGAAGUAAAAUGAGUUCGUAGUACAAGCUAUUCAGAGGCGACGUGCGGCUGCCAUUGGCUGUAGCAGUACACGCAAUACCGGCCCGCUGCACAGGAUUCAUUAGACUGCGCAUUCAGAACCUUUUUCGCUUGACAAUGCAAAGAGCCAAUGCUGAAAGCAUGCGCGUAACAUAGCUGGCAAGAUGCACAUUUUUUUACGGCAACGUUCGUUAUAUUGAUAUUUUCAAAAUGUGGAACUAGAUACUCGUCAAAUGUCCGUGGAAUCAUGGUAUCUUUUAUUCUACAGAGGCCUAUCGCUAAGUUUUUUUUCAUCCCCCCAUUCAUGGCGUGAGAAUCACAUAUCGUGUUACACAGUGAAAGUGUAGCGUCAUGCUAAGCAACGCGAGAGAAGUGAUAUGGGAUGAAAGCAGCACAGUGAAUUCACUGAAAUAGGUGCAAAAUAAACGGGCUUUGCCACGCGCCUCAAAAAAGUCGUCGCUUAAGUACCGGACACGCUGAUUAUGCUUCAUAUGCAAAAACUUAAACAAAGGCAAAUUGAAAAUAAAAGAGGUAUAUGUUUGUGCUGCUGAGCCUGGCAACUGACAGAUCAAAGACAAAGCGUCUAUUUGCUGACUCAGGGCUCAUGGCAAUAAUUGCUGCUAUGUCCUCGUGGAGAUGUGGGCCAAAGCCUGAUUGUAACUUGAUCAAGGAGGAGUCGUAAGCACGCAAAUAAAUUUAAAUGCACAGCGUAGCCAAAGUUUUAAGGGCAACCUAGUAUAAUUAUAGAUAUCGCUUUAAUACGCAGCUCUAGAACAUAGUUCGGCGCCUUAAGUAUGGUAAGGGCGAGCACUUUACGCAACAUUUCAGUGCUCAAGCGCUGAAUACGUAAAGCAGCGUAAACGGGAAGAAAAAAAUAA